AUGUGCAACAGAUGUCUACUUGUUGCGAUCAAACAAUUGGUAUUAGGAGCUCCGAGACCCACCACGGUACUGCUACAGUUAGCUAACAUAUCUUAUGUUUAUCCUGAAGGGGUAAUUGAGGACGUCUUGCUGCAGAUUGGGAAGUUUAUUUUCCCUGCAGAUUUUAUCAUCCUGGACUACAAGGCUGAUGAGUUAGUUCCUAUCAUCUUGGGACGACCACUUUUGGCCACUGGAGAUGCCAUUAUCAAAUUCCGAGAAGGUAAGAUGAUCUUGAGGGUGGAAAAUAAAGAAGCGGUCUUCAAUGUAUAUCGAGCCAUUCAGUUGCCUCGUCAUUACGAGGACCUGGCCAUGAUUUCUCUAGUGAAGAUAAAUGAACCAGCCAUAGAGCCAAGUGCAUUUAAAGAAGAUGCACUAGAAAAUGCAUUGAUGUUGUUCAAUCACUUGGAACUGGAAGAAGAGGUUGAGGAGAUGUUGCAAAUUUUGGAUGCAUCUUGUGAAUACAUAAGAGAAAGAUCCGUGUUUGAGCCUUUGGAUAGGCCAAGCGGCCUGCCCCCUAGACCCUUAGUUGGGGAGGCUCCAAAACUGGAACUUAAUCCCUUACCACCUCAUCUUUGUUAUGCAUAUUUGGGUAGUUCUAACACUUUACCUGUGAUUGUUUCUUCUCAUUUGUCUAAUUUGCAGGAAGAAAAGCUCUUAAGGGUGCUGAAGGAGCACAAGCAUGCCAUUGGUUGGACAAUGUCUGACAUAAAGGGAAAUAGCCAUGCAUUCUGCAUGCACAAAAUACUCAUGGAGGAGGGACACAAGCCUAGCAUGGAACAUCAACGCCGCCUAAAUCCAAUCAUGAAAGAGAUUGCUAUUGCCCCGGAAGAUCAAGAAAAGAGCACUUUUACAUGCCCUUAUGGCACUUAUGCAUUUAAGAGAAUGCCAUUCGGGUGUGAGGAGACUAAUCUGGUACUGAAUUGGAAAAAGUGCCAUUUUAUGGUACGUAAAGGUAUAGUGCUGAGGUACAAGGUCUCCAAAGAUGGACUGGAAGUUGACAAAGCUAAGGUGGAAGCAAUUGAAACGUUGCCACCACCGAUUUCAGUGAAAUUAGUUAGGAGUUUACUGGGACAUGAUGUGCCGUUCAAGUUUGACGAUGCUUGUCUGAAAGUAUUCGAGGAGCUGAAAAAGAAGUUAGUGAGUGCACCAAUCAUAUUAGCUCCUGACUGGAAAGAUCCAUUUGAGCUGAUGUGUAAUGCUAGUGAUGGUGGAAUUGGGGCCAUGUUGGGCCAGAGGAGAACCAAAAUUUUUCACUCCAAUUACUAUGCAAGCAAGACUCUUACUCCUGCUCAAAUAAAUUAUACUGUGACAGAAAAGGAGUUGCUUGCUGUAGUGUGGGUGUUCGAUAAAUUUUGGGCCUAUUUGGUUGGCACCAAAGUCAUCGUCUACACGGACCAUGCAACCAUCAGGUAUUUGUUCGAAAAGAAAGAUGCUAAACCAAGGCUAAUCCGUUGGGUUUUACUCUUGCAGGAAUUUGAUUUGGAGAUUCGAGACCGUAGAGGAAUAGAGAAUCAAGUGGUUGAUCACUUAUCCAGGUUAGAAACUCGGAAUCAUGAACCCGAGGGAGAUGUCAUCAAGGAAACAUUCCCGGAUGAGCAAUUGUUGCCCAUUACCGCUGGGGAGGUGCCAUGA